CUUUCUUUCUCAUGGCUUCCUAGAGGCUGUUAAAGGAAGAGCCGGUUUCUUCCUGCCUCCCAAGCUGCCCAGCGGCGCCGGUUGCCGGGGAACGCCAGCGCCGUGGGAAGGGAUGGCGGGAGGCUACGGCUUAGGUGCUGGGGUCGGAGUUGAGUUGGUGAAGAAGAGCUGGGGCUCGUCAUGAAACAGCGGAAAGCCCAGGGGCCUGGGGGCGGCGGUAGCCGCAAGAAGAGAGGUUUAAGUGACAUUUCUCCAUCUACAAGCCUACCACCCCUGGUUGAAGGCCAGCUACGCUGCUUUCUGAAACUUACUAUUAAUAAAGUCAUAUGGAAGAUUACAAAGCCUCCUGCUUGUGUACUUGUUCGAGUGAGAUGGUGGGGAGAAACAUCAGAAGGAACACUCUUUUGUCCCAGGGAUGCAUUGCAGACCGAACCAAAAGCUGUGAGAACAACUACACGUUAUGCUAUUCGCUGUGGUCCAAAGCAGUUUACCUCUUAUCUAACAGAUAUGGCUGUGCUGGUGCUGGAAGUAAUCACCAAACUUGAACAUCUUCCGGUUGGUAGAGUUCAGAUCAGUGGACUAGCCCAGCUUUCUCCAACCCAUCACAUCAAUGGAUUUUUUACCAUUGUUUCACCAACAUCUAAGAAACUUGGAGAACUCCAGGUCUCACUUGCCCUGGAGCCUUUGUCAGAAACUUAUGACAGCUACAAUCCUCUUCCUACCACUGACAUGACAGAAAAUGUGCUUUUAUCUGAACAAGGAUUCAGAGAAUACACUGAAGCAGGCAAUACUCAGUUUCUGGUUCCAUCAAGGCCUCAGAGGAUCACUACCACCAAAAUUGAUGGAAAAGAAUUAGCAGCCAACAGCAGUAGGCCAACCACUCCAAGGGGAAAGGACCACUUGUACCUUGCAGAGAACUCUGAUACAAUAAAGGACUCUUUCUUUGGACUACAGCACCAUCUUAAUUCAGGACAGAGUUUAGAGUCUAUGACUCUGAAAGGCAAAGCCCCACAGAAGCAGAUGUCCCUUCUCAACAGUUCUGAAUUCUGGCCUCAAAUUAGGACAGUUGCCAAGAGUCACAGUGACUCAUGCAUUCUUUCUUCAAACAACCCGCCUACCAAGGACCUUCUUUUAGCUCUGUUAGAACAAGGCAAUAAACUGCGUAAUGCCAUGGUAAUUUCUGCAAUGAAAUCAAGCCCAGAUACUAGCAUGUUGUUGGAAGAAGUUCAUCCUUCUAUGAAGGAAGAUUUUCUUAGAGCAUCUACACAAAUCAAAGCCUUGUCUAGGAAUCAAUUUAAAGACCACAUUGAAGAUCACCUCCUCCCUCCAACUGAGAAUACAUUUUGGAAACAUGACACAAAAGCUGAUACCAGAGCCAUACAGCUGCUAUUGGGCAGUGCCGAAUUAUCCCAAGGUCAUUACUGGGAUGGGCUAGGCUCUCCUCCAGAUUCCCCAUCUCCUGGGAGUGAUGUGUAUUGCAGCAGUGAGCCCAGUGACCCUCAGUAUGACCAGAGUCUCCUGGAGAACUUGUUUUACACAGCACCUAAAUCUGAUACCAGUGUCAGUGAUGUCUUCAGUGGAGAUGAUGAUGUUGUCUCUUCUAAAAAAAUGAGCCAGUCAAAAGCUCUUGCCAGAUCUUCUAAGGUUCUAGAGUCAAAUGAUCAUAAGUUGAAGAAGAAGGCGAUGGGCAAGAAAAAUAGAAACUUGAUUGAACAACAGAUGCUAUCAGAAACUCCAGAAGAUUCCCAAGUGAUGACACUAAGUGUGGAUAGACUGGCCCUUCUGGGUAGAACACAUUCAGUCAGAAUCAUCAUCGAAACAAUGGGAGUUCCUCCAGAUAGUCCUCAGGAGACCCCUGGCAAAAAAAGCUUUCCUGGGAGACCACGUAAGCUGACAACAAAAAAACGCACCUUCUUUGUGGAAUAUCACUUUCCUGUGGGCUUUUCCAAAAAUGGAUUGACAAAGACAGCUUUGAUCACUGAGGUCGUUCGACUCGCAUCCAGUAAAAUUACAGAUGGAAUGGUGAAAUUCCAGCAGAGAUUUGUGUUUCCGGUACAGUUUGGUGGCCCAAUGAUAGAACACUGGUGGAAUUCCAAUCUUACUUUCCAAAUUUACACAAAGAAAACCCCACAGUUAAAGCCUGAAGUCAUUGGAUCUGCAUCACUACCUUUGAGAACUGUCAUUCAGUCUGAGCUACUUUCUUUCAGUGACCAGCUUGCAGUGCAACAGGAAAAUGGUCAGACUCCACUUGGCCCCCUCAAGGUAACUGUGGAGCUUGUUAUAGAUAACAAGGAUUUCGCUGGUGUCAAUACAAAGUUAAGUAGCAACACCCAACAUAGCCCACUUUGUGCUCUUACAAGUCCAGAUAAGACACUGCCAGAACCUAGUCAACAUGUUACCUGUACCAAAAAUCCACAGAACCUAAAUCAAAUUCAUGAAGAAACUGUAAAGAAAACACAGAAUUUGGUGCUCCCCACCCCAAAGUCACCAAGCCCUGUUGUACCAAGUCCUUCAACCUUCACGGCUGUGCCAGCCUCUCACGAUUUGAUAAAUCAGAUAAAUGUGUCAACAAAAGAAAGUGCUUUGCUGUUGCAUGUGCUAUUGAUGGUGCCAGAUGGGAAAGAUUUCAUUACUGGAGAAUCUGAGAAACAACCAUCAUGCAAUGUUUAUUUAAAUUGCAAGCUCUUCAGCACAGAAGAAGUCACCAGAUCUGUCAUCGCAUGGGGCACAACAAAACCAGUCUUUAACUUUUCUCAGGUGAUUCCUGUCUCUCUGUCUUCCAAAUGCCUGGAAAGGCUUAAGAACAAUGUGAUGGUAAUUGAAACUUGGAACAAGGUGCGGAGCCCAGGACAGGACAAGCUGCUCGGGCUGGUGAAACUCCCCCUCCAUCAGUUUUACAUGUCAUUCAAAGAUCCCAAGAUUUCUCGCCUGCUGCUUGAUGCUCAGUAUCCAGUCGUUGCUGUCGACAGCUACAUGCCUGUGAUUGAUGUGUUCUCAGGCCACCAAAAUGGGAGUCUUCGAGUCUUUUUAGCUAUGGGUUCUUCAGAUCAGAUAAUAGCACUGCAAAGAUUAAAGAAUGAAGAAGGAACACUUCCUCCCUUCAACCCCAGGCCAGCCCAUUUCCUGGACCAGCCAUCUGUAGCAUCUGUUGCUAUGGCAGAGGACCAAGGAAAUGGAUUGAUGGAGCACCACUUUGAACUCCUUAUAGACAAGAUUAAAGGGCUCGCCCCUCUUCAGGCAACAGUCUGGGGAGAAGCAGAUUGUUAUGUCCAGUACUACUUUCCAGUUCAAGACUCACAGCCCAGUGUGUUGAAAGGACCUGAGUUCCUUGAAAAUGGAUUCACUCUGAAGCCUUUCAGAUCUGCAACCACACUCUGCAUUCCAGACCCCAUCUUUAAUAGUGAGCACCGUCACUCUCUCCUGUUGCCAGCUGAAAUUCCAGUGCAAAGGCUCCUACUCAGUGCCUUCUCUGCACAUGGGCUUGUACCUGGAGGUGGAGUCCAGUUUGAAAUCUGGUGCAGGUACUAUUAUCCUAAUGUGAGAGACCAGAUGGUCGCCAAAGGAACCUUGCCAUUAUCGAGGAUCUGUGCCAUUGUAACCAUGCAGCACCGUGAGGAUGUGGGAAUACAGACCUUUAAUCUCCCUUUAACCCCCAGGCUUGAGAAUAGGAAUGAACUAAGGAACCAAUCAUCAGGUUUACUGGAUGUGGGCCUAAGGUACAGAUGUACUCCAAGGACAGCAGAGGGAGUUCUUGCAGCCCGAGCCGUCUGCAUCUCAGUCCAGAUUAUCAGAGCCUGUGGUUUGCAAGCAGCAGCCAAGGCUUUGGCUGAGCAGGAACCUGCUCUGCAGUUUAGUGCCACAGUCGGGGUCAAUGCCUUUGUCACCACUCAUCUGUCCUUCCUGCCCAAGGGAGAACAGCGCCAAACCCACCCUGUGGCCUGUUCCUUCUGCCCUGAGUUCUCCCAUCACAGUGAAUUCUCAUGUAACUUGGUAACUCAGCACUGCAGUGGAGAAGCCUGUUUCCUGGCAGAGUUGUUGGAGUUUGCAGAAGUUACUUUUGCUAUUUAUCAUGAAGAUACCAAGUCAGCCAGGGAUAUAACCAGUAUCCACUCAUUCAAAGAUUAUCUGCUUGGAGUAGUAAAGAUUCCAACAAAAGAUCUGCUGAUCAAGAGAUCUGGGAUCACAGGAUGGUAUCCUAUCAUUUUACCAGAAGAGGGGGCCCUGCCUCAUGGCUUGGAGCUCAUGCAGAAGAUUGUGGGUGGUCUGGAGCUUUCCAUUUCCUUCACCCAUCCUGGAGACAGAGAGCGGGUGUUGGAAGCUGCUGAGCUAUUGGGCUGGAGCUUUGAGAAUAAUCUGAAGGAUUUUGUCAAGAUGGAUGAAGAGGAGCCAGCCACUGUUACCAUCUCCACCCCGAGGCUCUGGCUGCCCAUCCAUUGCGUGCUGCUUGCUGGCCAGAAGCACAUUCAUAAGAAUACGUAUUGCUACCUCCGCUACAAGCUGUACGAUCAUGAAGGCUUUUGGACCCCUCUCAAGAAGCCUAAGGAAUCUACAAACAAAAAGCAGGUCAUGGUUACUUUCAAGGCAUCCAAAAGAGCAGAAGUCUCUAGGAGCCCAUCACUGCUUUGGUACUUCAGAGAGGAGAGGUUAGAGAUCCAAGUUUGGCGGGCUUAUGGCAAUGACAAUGUGGAGAGGCCCCAUCAGACAGACAGCUGGAUUGGCUCAGCCUAUGUGGACCUGGCCAGACUUGGGGAGAGGUCAGCAAGGACACUAACUGUCAGUGGUGUGUAUCCUCUAUUUGGACGAAAUGCUUCCAACCUCUCAGGAGCUGCCUUGAGAGUUCAUGUGGUUCUCUCCUCUCUUUCUUCACACCCUGGGCCCACUAAUGAGCUGGACUCCAUGGACUGCAGCAGCCCCAGUGAGUCUGAGCAGCUCCCCAGAGGAAAUGAUGAGCUCCAGCUCUCUCUACCACAUGACCACCAGAUGUCUCCGGCCUCCACCCAGGUCCCCUGCAUCAGCACCACAGCUGAAGUCUGCCUGGCCCAGGAGGGCCCUACUGCAUUGGAUGGAACUUUUGCAGUCAGUAUCCUGGUAGAAAGAGCAAUGCACUUGAGCUUGAAAGGGAGCCCCUUGACACAGAGGAAAGUAUCAAUACCCAGUUGUUGUGUAUCCUUCACAACAGCUGAUGAGCCAUCUCCUAUCUACACCCCAGUGGUUGAAAACACAGAUUCCCCCAUCUGGAAUUUUCAACAGCAAUCAAGGCUAUCAAAAGAGCUUCUUUUGGACCCACAGCAAACUCUGGUCUUCAAAGUUUGGCAUAAAGGAGAUGAGGAGAGGGUGAUUGGCUUUGCCUCAGUGGACCUCUCCCCGCUUCUCUCUGGCUUCCAGUUUGUCUGUGGCUGGUACAACAUCACAGACUUCAGUGGAGAGUGCCAAGGGCAGAUAAAAGUUGCCAUUUCCCCUUUGGAGAGUUUGAUGCACUUCAGAGAAGAAAGGCAAGCAAGACGUGGGAUGGAGACCUCAGGAUCACUGAUCCCAAUAUACAGUACCUUUUCCUUCCCUGCCUCUGAUAUGUAUGGUGCAUUCCCUGGCUGCAUUGCAGGACAGACUCCAGAACAACUUGUUCACACCUCAUCAAAGGAGGUUGAUUUCUUCUCUCCUGGGAGAAGCAUUACCACAAGAAGCAAGGCAUCACGCCAUGAAGAGCAUGUGCAGAACAUCCGCCGAUUCCAUGAGUCCCUGCAGCAGGGAGAGGCAAUCUUGCCAAGUGAUGACAAACUGACCACAUCACCCCUGUCCUCCCAUACUUCCAUUCUGACUUCUCUCAGGAGGAAUCUGAAUGAGCUAGAUCAGAUCCAGAGGUACUUCAGCCAGAAGCUCACCAAGCCUUUACUUCCCCUCAGUCCUCAGACCCAUACUGCCAUCUCGCAGUGCCAAGAGAGUCAGAGGGACCGUCUUCGGCCAGGAGCCAGCAGCCUAGACCCCGAAAGCCAUUGCAUCCUGGAGAAAUCCAAUAACCUGGUGUUGCAAGUCAGCUCCUUAAUCACGGAUCUGCAGGCUAUCACCCGGAACUCUCCAGGAUCUCUGUGUUCUCACCAAGCAAGGAGUAGAAGCAGAGAAGUCACCACCCUCCCAGAUGCUCAGGACACAGUAGCCACGCAAGAAGGAAGCACAACUCCAGACCUGCCAUUGGCAAGAGCUCCAGAUGAGGGCAGAAACUCCCCACCUCCCUCUACUCUUGAAGAGACUUCAAGUGGAAGAGGAAUGCUUCAUGAGGCCCUGGGGCACACGGUACCCAUCACAAGAAUGCAGAGCGGUGAGGACACCAAGGCAGGCCCGGCCUACAGUGCUGAGGACUAUGAAGAAGACAUCAUUGAGCCCAGGACCCUCAAUGAGAUCACCACCGUGACAGACAAAACUAGCCCUUGGUCCAGUUUCAUGUCAGAUGCAAGUGAGAUCAUCAGCCCUCAGGCUGGUGAGGGGCAGAGGGAAGGCCCCUUGGGUCCUUCAGAGCCUUUUUUCCCCAGAGAGGAGCUCAAGGUCCGAAGUAGCUUUCUCUCCAGCCCGGAAAGGACUGAUAACCCCCACUUGCAUAGGCAGGGCUCUCUUAGCCAAAGUACUGUUCCUUGUGAGGGUGUGGCCUGUAAGGCCAGGGUUGGAGAGCCUCUCUCAGCAGGCCCUCAGCUCACCUCCCAUGUGACACUCCCAGGAGCCCAACAGAGCAAAACCUGUGUUGGGUGGCACUCACCAAAGGCGGACCAGGACCAGGAGCCCAAGCCAGAGGCCCAGGCUGAGAAGGAAGUGGUCUCCGAUGAGCUAAGUGACUCUGCUGAUAGCUCUGAGAAGCUCCCUCUACACCCAGCCUCCCAGAGCAGAAGGGAAAACCAUAAGCAGCCACCUGUCAACUGCCCUGACAUCAGGCAGAAGCAGGAGACAUCUGGGUCAGAGGUGUCCACGAAGCAGAGCAUCCUCCUCCCAGAGCCCAUUGUGGUGCCCAACUUCUUUUUACCUUCCCAGCAGUUGGAGGCCUCCCUGCGGAUGCUCUCUCUCUCUACAGCUUUGCCACCACCAGCCACAGCAGAUCAGGGCAAGAGCGAGACCACCAGGGGAGCCCUGUCGCAAAGGCCUUGUCGUCCCAGACCUAACUCGCUGCCUCCCAGCCUGUCUGAGGAAGAAACUCGCAGGAUUGCACGGAUAUUUUCUUCCCGAUACUCCCAGAAAGACUAAUUCAGCCCAAGAGACUGAGGGAAAGACCACCCACCCACUCACCCUCAGCUUUGUCUGGCUUCCCUCAGGGCUGUGAAAGCCCUGAAACCACCACCAGCCUUGUCCCUGGACACCAGUCAGCCCAGACUAGAGGAGCGUCACCGACCAGCCCAGUGUCCACCUGCCAGGACUUCAGCUUCCUCCUCCGAUGGUGAGGCAAAUGCUAGAAAUGGUGGAUUCCAGUGCCCAAGGGGCCCACCCGUCUUUUGACCAAGGGACCCAAGCAGGCAUCUUUCAGCUGGGAAAUUCCUCCCAGUGUCCUUGACCAGAGCCUCCUGCUGACAGGAGCCUACCCUCUGCCUGAAUAUGAUAGGCCCUUUUGCCUUAAGGGGGUUGGGGAGGGUGGGUGGAGAUUUUGUGCAUCCUGCAUAGCCAGGGAAAUCCUAGGGCCAACCUCCAGUUCAUUUGCUUGGGAAUAAGGGUAUUUUGUAGAUAAAAUUAUUUUUAUGCUGUGUUGAAAUAAUCAGUAGGAGAGGAGGGGGAAAUUACCUCCUUCAGACUUUUUAUCUGAUUGUCUGAAACUCUAACCAUGCUUUUAACUUAUUGUUUUUACCCAGCUCUGAAGGUCAUUUUUCCUGUCUGUGUUUGAAUAAAAUCAUAUUGGUAUUUGUAUUCUGUGCACAAGUGUUUCCCGGGUUGGCCACUGGACUGCAGUGUCAGAAAUUUGCUUGUGCUCUGACAGCCAGAGAGAAAGCUUUGCGACCAUACAAUCCCUUGGAACAGCUCAUCUGGAACGGGGGUCCUGGGUCACCAUGAGACUUCUGACUCCUCCAAAGAUUAGGUUGAUCCAGAUUAGGGUAACCCCUAGUAUUUCCUUUGCUGGUACGUCAGAUCUAUUAGCACAGUAAUGGGGCUUAUAGCACAGCCCCGCUCAGAAUGCCCCAUCUCUCUGGGAUGAGUACAUAGCUCUGGCUUAGACUGUCAGACUCCAAACAUUCGAGCAGCUACCAUAGAAAGGGCCUGUGGGGAGCAUUAGAAGGGGGCAGAAAUGUGCAGAGUAGCUGGGAGGGAAGGUUGGGAGGGAACUAAGUGGAGGGCCCUGCUUUCCACCCCCAAGCACAGGUCAUCUCAGUCCUCAGAAGAGCUCUAUAACCCACAUCUUAUGAUUCCCGUCUUUUAGUUAACCUGAAGCUCAACGAAGUUAAGUGACUUGCCUCUGUUCAUGUAGUUAGGGAGCAGAUCACACAAGACACCUCCAGACAUGUCACAAGGCUUCUGUGCCCAGGAUACAGCCAGUUAAGUGCUUUGAAUUCGGGGAGUUCAUGGAGGAAAUCAUGUGGGCUGGAGCAGUCAGAGAAGGCUUCCUUGAAGAGCUAAGGCUGGGGGUGAGACCAGGGAGGAACCAGCAGGGCAUGCGGGCCACCGUCCAGCUGGGUAGAGAGCAGAGACGGGUCCGGCUCUGCCACUUCCCAAUAGGCCCCCUCCGGCUUGACUGCACAAGCCUCUAUCUGAGCCUCUGUUGCCUCAUCUUUGUAAAGCAAGAUAACAAGACCAGCUUCACUGGGUUGUUGAGAAGAUUAAAUGAGAUGACGUUUGUGAAAGUGCUUUGCCAGCAAUUGGCACUUAAUGGAAGCGUAGGAAAUGUCAGCCCCACCCACUCCUCCCCCACUGACCCAGAGCAAGUCAGUAGAUAGGAAGGCUCACCACUAACUGUGAGGCAGGACAUGCCCCAGAGGGUACAGGGUGAUGCAGGGUGCCCUCCUCAUCGGUCAAGUGCACUCAGACCAGCAUGUCCCCCUUCAUCGGUUUGUCUCGGCCCCCUAACCUUCGGCCUGCCAGCUCACCUCCUCCGCAGUGUCUCCCUCUCAGCUCACCAGCCGCCUGUCUGCCAGGAGCUUUCAAGGCCCAGGUCUCUGCCUCACUUGAGGCCACAGAGAACCUAGGGGCCCAGGCCUGAGGGGUUAAGCCUCAGGUGAAGAAUAUUCCUUCCCAAUCCUCCUCCAGCUCCUGUAAAUAACUUGAUGGGGUCAAGUUAGGAUAAGGACAUGCAUGACUCCUACCCAGGCUGAGGGCGGCCUCUGAUAACACAGAGGCACCCUGAGGGUCUGAAAACCUCCCCCUACACUUACAGAGUGUGUUAUUUACCAGUGUCUUCUCCCCAGAAGUUGGAUCUAUCUUGCAGUAACAGCUCAGACGAGAAACGCCCUGCCAAGCAUGCAGCACCGGGUGAGGGCAUGAGGUACAUGUUUGUUCCACCACCACCAACAGAACUAGCCAGUGUCUCCCUACUUCCC